AUGAAACAUAAUAUUUAUUAUCAACAUCAGCGUAAAUAUUUACAAUUAGAGUACUAUCAAAAAUCGAAAAAUUCUUUAAAACAACAACUAGAAGUAGAAGCUUUAAUUAAAUCAUUGAAAAAUAAGAUCAAUUCAAUGGAAUAUGAAUUAUUAAAUAAACAUUUUGAGAAAUUAAAACAAAAUAAAAGAACAGAAAUAAGAUUAGCACACAAAAUAAAAAUAGAAAAAUUAUCAAAAGGUGAUGUUAAAUUAGAUAUAAUUAAUCCAAAAAAAAGUAGUGCAUAA